AAUAGAUAGUUGAAUAUACAUAUUCACGUAGCCUUUCGAAAACCGGGACAUUUAGUGUCCCGGGAGAGUGGAUAAAUUUCCGGGACAGGUUAUUAAAAAGAAGGACAAUCCCGGUAAAACCGGGACAGGUGGCAACACUAGUCACACAGCUGGACCUUCGCAACCGUCCGACGCCUGCGUUGCUACGGUUUCGCGUCAGUCUCACUAGUCUAUUUCAACAUGGACCUGCCUGAACCCAUACGGAGACGGCUGGGAGAUUUCUCCAGAACCAUUUUUGUGGACCAAAGCCGUACACAACCCUCUCCUGACGAGCACGCUAAUUUUCUUAACCAGAAUAAAGAUGUGAUAUCCAGUCUCCCUCUUCAGAUGGCACUGCACUUUAACAUGUGGUUCUUUCCUUUCUGGUGGAUCAGUGAGGUUGUGAUGCUGCAGCUCAAGUACCAAGCCCUUGCAGAUUACUACAAGUUCAUCUUGAUCACUAUCCUUAUUUUAAUGACCCUGAUUGAGGCCAUCAGGCUCUACCUGGGCAAUGUUGGAAAUCUACAAGAAAAGGUUCCAGAACUGGCUGGAUUUUGGCUAUUGACUCUCCUGCUCCAGUUUCCCUUGAUUCUAUUCCAGCUCUUCAAUGAGGCUGUUCUUAUUCAACCUCUGGAGAGAGGAGUUCAUAUAAUACUGGCAUUGUUUAUAUUUGCAGAGGCUCUUUUUGGCUUUGCUGCCUUGCGUGCAAUGGUCAGACACACUGAAAGUCGCUUUCAUUUGCAGCAGUUUGAUGGGAUACAAGAACUAAGAACAUAACAAGAGACAGCUUUACUGGUGGGCUUAAUCUAAUGUUCGUUAUUAUAGCACAAAGAGGACCACAAUUAUCAAACUUAUUAUUGGACAAUUGCCGGUCACUGAGGUUGAAUAUUUUUAUAGCGGAAAUUCCAUAUCUGAUAUUCUCUGAGAGAAUACACAUCUGACAUUUUAUUGUUGCACUAUUGGAGUUCUAUAAAGUACUUAAGUGCCUUUUGUUAUUAAUACCAGCAAAUUAAUACCAGCAAACCUUUUUAUUAUAUUUUGUAUGUUAUGUGGGUAAAAAUCAUUGUCUGAGACUCUUAUUUAUGAAGAAAAACAGUACUGGUACUCCAAUAUUGUUAACCACAAAAUCGUCUUAUUUAUUGAUGCUGCAUUUAAUGAAAUUACAAAUAUCACUAUAAAUCAAAUUCACUUCCACACAGUAAAUAAAAAAUACAUGCUGUAAAUAUCACACAUAGAAACCUCAAAUGGUAGAGCACAUCUCUUCAACAGAAUGAUAGCUAGUAAAAUGAAGGCAGCACAAUGUAUUGCCUUUUUAUCAAAAAUGGCAAUAACAAAAUAUUUUUUUAAUACUUUUCGAGUAUAUCAGUACUGAUGGCAUUUUAUUCAAUGCAUAAAGCAAAAGACAGUAGUUCAGGAUUGCAAAAUUGAAAUUAAGAAAAUAACCAUACUGAGACAUGGAUUCAGGCACUUGCACAAGAUUGUUUAAUAAAGAGAUGUUGAACAGGAGGUCAUUUUCAUCU